UGGCGUCACUGAUGAACGGUUGCGAGAUCGUUGUAUUACUCGAGUGAACUGUAGUAAAACAUUUGUAAAAAUGGCCGGAGGCAAAGCAGGAAAGGAUUCUGGGAAGGCGAAAACUAAAGCGAUCUCGCGAUCUGCUCGUGCUGGUCUUCAGUUUCCGGUCGGUCGUAUCCACCGACAUCUGAAGACAAGGACCACCGCUCAUGGACGGGUCGGAGCCACUGCUGCCGUAUACUCGGCUGCCAUACUUGAGUACCUCACUGCUGAGGUGCUUGAGUUGGCCGGCAACGCCUCGAAAGAUCUUAAGGUGAAGCGUAUUACCCCCCGUCACUUGCAGUUGGCCAUCAGGGGUGACGAAGAGCUGGAUUCGCUGAUUAAGGCGACCAUCGCCGGUGGUGGUGUUAUCCCGCAUAUUCACAAAUCGCUUAUCGGCAAAAAAGGCAACCCGCCAGGCCCUCAAGGCCAGGGACCCAAAGCUUCCUAGACGCAUCUAAUAUCAGUAACACCGUGUGGCGGUACAGGUGUCAGCUGACUCCGCCACGAUGAUGACGCUUGUCUACGAAGUUCAGACCCCCUAUUAGUUCUCAGGCAAACGGAUAAUGUUUCCCAAUUCCCAAAUAGUUUUCUCGCAUCUAUUUUCCUUUAGUUUUUGUGUACUAUAAGCACACUGCCUCUGACUUGUUGUAAACAAGGCGUAGAAGUAGCAUUACGGAAGUAUCAGAUAAUAAUAAUUAUGAACAGCAACACGUAUGAAUGACGUAAGCAUAUUUACAUGUAUACACACUCUAUAUAUCAAAGAAAGCUUUUGUCUACUACGGAAUCGUUCGCGGCCUAAGCUGCUAAAUUCACCAAAAGGCCUGCUGCGACGCAAGCGAGGCCCACAUAAACUUCAACGACCAUAGAUAGUACUAUAUACGAGUAAUCAUUUUCUUCUUUUUCCAUAAUUAAUACUACAACUUACAUAAAAAUGUGAACAAAAUAUAGACUUAUUUGUAUUGAAUUUCCAUGUGACGCUUUCGAAACAAGCCAAUACCAUAUCGUCAGAUCGCAUGAUGAACUCUAUUGUACUUGCAGUUCAUUCAUUGCGUCGCUUGAAUUACAAGCAACUAGAAGAUAACAACAAAGCAAAAAAAAGAGAUCGCUCAAGUGCAAUCAAUAAAAAAGAAGUUUACCAGUUCACGUCUGGUAUGUUAGUACACGGCGCUUUAAUGACGACGCAGAUCGCAACCGUCCGAAAUGCCCGCGUCCUUAGUGACGCGUUCUGCCGAAAGACUUCGUGACGAUCAAUACACACAUUUAACAAAAUUAAAUAUGCAACACAUUGACACAAAAGCGCCCAUAUACACAAGGCCGAAUGUCAUGUAUGAACUGUUGUCAGCGAUAAGAUAAGGAAAGUUCGUAUAUUGUUUUAUUGUUAAAAGUCUGAAUAACGGAUGUUCGUUAAUUCAAGGAAAAAUAUAUUAUCUAUUAAUUAUUACGUUAGUUACAUAAAAACAGCUGCUAUCGGAUCGAAGGAAGCAGCGGUAGUGGCUCACCAGAAGGGAGUGAAUGCAAACAGGCAACAGCGGAAGAACGAAAUAAAGAAGGAAGGCAGAAAAUUAGGGGGUCGCUGGCUAAUAAGAAAACGAUUCCGGGUUCCGAAAUCCGGGUAUAUACACAGACAUCUGUAGUUCACCUAUUUCGCUGGUGUUCUACUCUCAUACAAUCAAUAACAAAAAGCUGAAAUAACCAGAAUAAGGACCAGACAACUGUGAAUUCAACCACUGGUUUAAAUUACGUGAAAAAAUGAAACAGGAGGAAAAGCUGUGUAUUAUGUAUAAAAUAAAACUUAAAAAAAUUAUAAAAACUA